AUGUACCAUCUGGGAUAUCGUAGCCCAACGGAGUCCCUAUUCGAAGGCUUCCUCACAAACGAAGAUGACAUGACAUGCCAGCCAAUCGCAGCACUGGGCCCGCUCCCGACUCAAUGGUGGGAAAAAUGGGAGGGCCGUGGAAACCACUUCACCGACGGUGAGCCAAAUAACCGAGCUACAUCCCAGUAUAGGUCCUUAGAGGAUGCCUUCGAAUUAAAUAUCCAGCAACCGCGGAAUCAGGCGGGGAUGUCGCCACUUGAAUUGAGUGAGCGAAAUGCUCUCUUCGCGAUGUUGCGUUCAAUGCUUUCUUUCAAGCCUGAGAAUCGUUUGUCUGCUCAGCAGGUUCUUGAAUCGGAGUGGAUGUGA